AACAAGUUACUGCUUCAUCGUUCACGGCAGGCUGCCCUACAUUGCUAGUUGCUCCAGUACGUCUCCUUCCAAAACCAACCGCCUUCUCUGGUUGUGAAGCCUGAAGAGACCAGAGUUGAGCAUCCCCACCUCUCUCUCUCUCUCUCUCUCUCAAGGCCAUGGAUAAAGAAACCCUAGCCGCUCCAUCGUCUUCAUCAUCUUCUUCUUCGACAGCUUCAAUGAGUAACACAACUCUUCCACCACAAGAAGACGCUUGGGUUGAAACUUACCGGAAAUUGCUUCCUCAUUGGAAAUCCCUCUCUCACUCUCACCAGUCAGCAAUCCCAAUUUCAAUCUCGAGAGUAAAUCAAGUCGAUGCAGCAAGACUGGACGUUGAAAUGUCGGCCAUGUUGAAAGAGCAACUGGUUAAGGUGUUCUCUUUGAUGAAGCCAGGAAUGUUAUUUCAAUACGAAGCGGAGCUUGAUGCUUUCCUUGAGUUUCUUAUUUGGCGAUUUUCAAUUUGGGUAGAUAAACCUACUCCUGGUAUUGCUCUUAUGAAUUUGAGGUACAGAGAUGAUCGCGCAAUGGAAACAAGAGGAAAAGUCAGAACAGGUUUGGAAGGACCAGGACUGACCGUGGCUCAAAAGAUUUGGUAUUGUGUUGCCGCUGUUGGUGGUCAAUACGUAUGGGCACGCUUACAGUCAUUCUCUGCUUUUCGUAGAUGGGGUGAUUCUGAGCAGAGGACAUUCGCACGGCGUGCAUGGAUGGUGAUACAACGUAUAGAAGGAUUAUAUAAAGCUGCCUCAUUUGGCAACCUACUCAUAUUUCUUUUUACCGGAAGAUACAGGAAUCUUAUUGAACGAGCUUUGAGAGCUAGGCUUGUCUAUGGGAGUCCUAAUAUGAACCGAUCUGUUAGCUUUGAGUACAUGAACCGCCAAUUAGUGUGGAAUGAAUUCUCGGAGAUGUUGUUGCUGCUUCUUCCUCUUCUUAAUUCAUCAUCCGUAAGAAAAUUUCUUCACCCUGCGGAUAAAUCUUCAAGUUCCACAGAGGAUGACACUACUUGCCCCAUUUGUCUGGCUAGUCCAACCAUUCCGUUUCUUGCUGUCCCUUGUCGACACAGAUACUGUUAUUAUUGCCUUAGGACGCGGUGCGCUGCAGUUCCUUUAUUCAGAUGUUCCAGGUGCAGUGAGCCCGUCACAGCUAUGCAGCAGCAAGGCGGGGCGAACAAUUUAAUCCCCAAAAAAUGAUUAUUACAUAGGGAGAAUGAAAAUAUAUUAAUAAAUAAUUAUUAUAUCAAUAGAGGAAUGUAUAAAUUAAUGCUGCUUUGAAAUAACACUACUUUUAUUAAUUUUGUUUCCUCCCAAGCUAUUAAAAUAGCUAGCAGCCAAGAAAUUAAUAAUUCCAUGUAAAAGCAUUAUUCCACUAUUGAGUGGGAUGAUUCAUUCUUUGUCAUCUUUCCAAUGUGUUAACUAUAUAUUCAAGAUAUCCCAUUAUUGCUUUCUCUGAUUAA